AUGGCUUCUGUUACACUCCCGCCCGCGCGACCAUCCAGCGACCCUUACUUCAACUUGGGAACACUGAGUCGUCGAGUCAGUACAGCUUCAACGGAAGCUCAGAUAUGGUUUGACCGAGCGCUGGUCUGGACAUAUUGUUUCAACCACGAUGAAGCAAUCACUUGCUACCAGCAGGCAAUCGCGCACGAUGCGAACUGCGCAAUGGCGUAUUGGGGUGUAUCCUUCUGCUCGGGCUCAAACUACAACAAAACAUGGGCAUUGUUCGAUGAGAAAGAUCGCAUCAAUGCAAUUAAGCAAUGUGAUGUAUAUUCCAAAGAGGCUUUGAAGCGACUAGACCAUGCCUCGGAGUGGGAGCAGGCACUCAUCAAAGCUCUUGCGAUGCGAUACCCCAACGACGAUCCGAGUAGGGAUCUUGCCGCUUGUAAUAAAGCUUACGCAGAUGCCAUGCGAGAUGUGUAUCAGACACUCGGUCGCGCCGACUUCGACAUUAUCACCCUUUUCGCGGACGCCUUGAUGAACUGCGCUCCACGUAAACUAUACGACGCCCCCACGGGACUUCCAAUUGCAUUGUCCCCGGUAUUCGAGGUGAAGGACUUGCUGGAGAAGACUUUGAAAGUCUCGGGUGUUGAACGGCAUCCAGGUCCCGCGCAUAUGUACAUCCACCUGAUGGAAAUGUCCGCAACGCCCGAGGCUGCUUUGCCUGCAGCAGAAAUGAUCCGCGAAAUAUUCCCCGACACCGGUCAUACAUUCCACAUGCCAGCCCAUAUCGAUGUUCUCGUCGGCGAUUAUCGUCGCGCGGUCGAGUAUAAUCUGAAAGCGACCAUUGCGGAUGAUAAGUUCUUCCAACAGAAUGGCGGCUUGACCUUUUAUAGCUAUUAUCGACUUCAUGACUAUCAUUCUCUGAUUUACGCCGCCAUGCUGGGCGGAAAAUCCAAGGCAGCGUUGUCGGCGACGGAUCGAAUGGAAGCUACUAUUACAGAACAGAUUCUGCGAGUGGAAACACCCGCACUGGCGAACUGGAUGGAAUUCUUCAAGGCCGUCCGAGUUCACGUACUCAUUCGCUUUGGAAUGUGGGAGGAUAUCAAGAAACUCGAGCCCCUUGCCGACAAGCAUUUAUAUUGUGUGACGAAUGUCAUGAGACAUUAUGGAAAGGGCAUCGCGUAUGCGGCAACGUCCCAAUUGGAGGAUGCAGACAGAGAGCGAGAGCUGUUUAAAGAAGCCUCCAAGCUUGUCCCACCGACACGCCUCGACUUCCCGAAUAAAAUUAUUGAUAUCCUCAAAGUAGCAUCUGCUAUGCUGGAUGGCGAAAUCGAAUACAGAAGAGGCAAUUAUGAGACUGCAUUCAGAAGACUACGUGAUGCAAUCACCUUGGAGGAUGAUCUCCCUUUCGCCGAGCCAUGGGGAUGGAUGCUUCCUGCGAGGCAUGCAUAUGCAGCUCUGUCUUUGGAGCAAGGGGAAGUUGAGCGCGCUGCCCAAGCGUAUGCUGAAGAUCUGGGACUUUAUCCUACUCCGAAACGUGCGCAUCAACAUCCGAAUAAUGUCUGGGCUCUUCAUGGCUACCACGAAUGCUUGGAGAUCUUGGGUCGUCACGCCGAGGCAAAUAUUAUCAAGAAACAGCUUUCACUCGCCCUUGUGGAGGCAGAUGUCGAAAUUACAUCUUCAUGUUUCUGUAGACUAGGGAAUAUUCCCACGUCUAGUGACAAGCCAAAAGCGAAUGGCUGUCAUAGUGUGAAACCGAAGUGUCCUUGCUAG